UCUUUUAUGGCACUAGCACAGCUAGACGGAGCACCGCCUGAGAUCCAACAGGUAUUACAUGUAUGAAGUGGCUGAAUCAUGGAGGGAGCCAGCGCCUCUGUGUUUGUCACCGUGCAGAAAAUCUACUACCCGUUGCUUUGCAUCGUGGGUAUUCCAGCAAACCUCUUCACGUUCUAUAUGAUCUGUUUUCGUAAAUGUGGGAUGUCCAACACGGCCAUCGUUUACCUGAGCUGUCUGGCCAUUGUGGACACCUUCUACCUAGUGUGGGUUAUACUUCUGGACCUGACUUUGGCCUUUUGGACUGUGCAGCCCUUCUGGCACUCUUACCCAUGGUGUGGUAUUCUUGGAUUCCUGCAGUAUGGUUCCCUCUACAGCUCCUCCUGGAUCGUGGUGGUGUUCACCAUUGAACGCUACCUUGUCCUCAGAAGCACAGCUUCCAAACAGAAUCUUUCUCAAACAUGGGACACUAAAAUGUUCUGCACAGCUAUAGUCCUGCUGUCCCACCUGGUGUCAGUGCCAAUGGGUUGGAUCAACAUUGUCAAACCUGUAAACCUAACCGUGGACGGAGAGAACAUGACACUCCCCCGCUGUCGAUAUCGCAAUCACACCUAUUCUACAGUUAUAGUCUGGAUAGCUACCUUCCUCUCUGGAGGAAUCCCCAUUGUGCUGGUCAUCAUUUUCAACUAUCUCAUUGGGUACCAUUUGUGCCGGGCCAGCAACCUCUUCACUAAGGAGGAACGGCGCAUCAUGUACGGAAGGAACACCAGAGGUACAUUGAAAAGAACCAUUCUCAUCCUGGGAACUGUCUCUGUGGCCUUUGUCGUGCUCAGUCUUCCUCGCUUUGUCACAUACUGCAUCCUGAGGACCAGGUACAACGAUGAAAGCUUCAACAGGAACGACUACAGCAUUCCAAUCAACGUAGCCGGGGAUGUUGCUAACAUGCUCCAGAACCUCAACUCCACCACCAACUUCCUGCUCUACUGCAUGGUCAGCCACCGCUUCAGGCAGGAGCUGGUACAGGCUAUGACCUGCAAGGCAAAGGCCCGCGAGCUGAGCACUCUCCUGAGCCAUACUACAAUGAAAGUUUUUUCUGUUGUAAAUCACAAGGCUUCACUAUCCAGCAGCCCUGUGGCAGUGGUGUUAACCAGUUUGAAACAGACACAAUAGAAUAGAAUUUAAUUCCAUUGAAUGAUCUCUGUUGCUACCAUUAGGAUGCCAACGUGGAUUUUUCCUCCAAUCUUGUCCUAUCGUGAAAUAAUUUAAAUUACAAGAUGCUUGGACGUCGAGUAGACCUAAGACAAGAUGAGUGGUUGUAUCACAAUUGGAUUAUUAUAGCCAGACAGUGGCUAGAGAGACCAUCAGACUGUGAAACAGUGAGUAAAGGCCACCAGACAUUGAGCAUGCUUCAAUAACACCUGACAAAGUUUGAUGGGGUCACGCUUUGUAAUGAUGCAUACUAAUGAAGAUUGACUUAAUAUUUCUGGAUGAACUCAUAUAUCAGUUCCAACAUCGAGCCACCAUGUUGCUUGUGGGUAUAACAUGCUAGGCUAUUGAACUUCGCUUCCUGAUAUCAUGUAGACCCAAAUUCCUAAUAUCUUCAAACUUUGUCAAGUGCUAGUAUUGAAGUCUCAGACAAGCAUGUGGCACCAUCUGAAAAUCACUGAGUCCAGCAGUGUGAUUUUCACUGAUUGUUGGAGUCUUUGGCUGUCUCUUCCUGUCCUUUGAUUCUUGUUCUAGACAUGCAACCUUCAACUUCUGAAAAAUGUUGAAAGUUGCAUUAACCUCCAAACGGGUCUACUUUUCUAACCCUGACUUUUUAUACUCCAUCCUUGGUCGACAUAUGUACCAAAUUAUGUCCAAAUCAAAUCAUUUUUUGUGGAUACCUUGAUUGUUCGAUCCGAUGGUAAUUUCUUUAAUCAACCUGAAGUGUAUCACAACAUAUAUGUUUAACUGAGCUGUUUUUUAUGUGUAGUUGUAGUUUGAAAAUAUUAGCAUAAUAUGUUAAAGCAGGGCUUUUCAAAGUGUAGGGAACGCCCCGCUGCAUGAAGGGAAAGCAAGAGGAGAGGGAGAGUUCUUUAGGGACUUGAGAAAAACUUGGAAAACCAGAAAAAGUAGCUAGAAACAUUUAUCCAACUUCACCAAGCUUAUGCCAGGAGAAAAAUGAAUCAACUUUUAGAGUCUGGGACAAGCAAAAAUGAAGAAGGAAGUAUGACGAUAAUUAUUUGAUUAUGAUGUCUAGGAUCUGAAGAUGCGCCACUGCUGCAGAGAAUUUCCUUUUUGUUACAGGAAGCUACAUGAACUAUAGGCACAUGAGAGAAGUUCAUACUUUUAGCACUUUCAACAUUGUGUGGUGUGACACAAAACUAUAGCAGGUAAUCCCAAUAACAUCAAAAGGAACCUGGAACAUCUAGAAUAUGAACAGAAGAAAGUUUAUUGUUUGAGGGAGGAGCAGUUAGCUUUGCUCUCUGAAAGGGCGCACUUUGAAAACCUCUGAGCUGAAGUAUUUCUAAUUGUAACAUCUUGUGUGGUUAUUACUGUUCACCUGUGUGUUGUUAAGAGUUUAUUCAGGCUCUUGCGUGGGUCAUAGAACAUAAUAAAAGGAACUGG